AAUAGGAAGUUUGUUAAGAAUGGCUACUUCUCCAAAUACGUCUACUCUAUCCCCGAGCAAAAAGAAAGAUGAAUCUUUCCUUGAAAAAAUUGGAACUAUGGGUCGUAAAAAAAAGAUUAAAGAGGUAACCGAAUUACAGGAAGAAGGGAAAAAUGCCAUAGAAUCCCCAACCAGUCCUUUAAUUCCUGACAUAGGCCCAGAAGGUUAUCAACUGGCUGACAAUGAAGAAAGAUCUAUGAUUGAACCAACCACUAGGGAAGAUCCUAAAUUAAUUGAGCUCAUCAAGGUUCUUCUUGACUGGAUUAAUGAUGAACUUGCUGAUCAUCGUAUCAUUGUCAAGGAUAUUGAGGAAGAUUUGUUUGAUGGACAGAUCUUACAAAAAUUGAUUGAAAAGCUUUGUAAUGUUAGAGUUGAGGCAAGAGAGGUAACUCAGUCAGAAAUAGGACAGAAACAAAAGCUGAGAGUUGUCCUUGACUACAUUAACCACAUCCUUGGUGUACCUCCUGUUUGGAGCCAGCAGAAAUGGAGUGUAGAUAGUAUUCACUCAAAGAAUCUGGUUGCUAUCCUGCAUCUUCUAGUAGCCCUGGCAAAGCAUUUCAAUGCUCCAAUUCGAAUGCCUGAUAAUGUUGUUGUCACAUUGAUUGUUAUCCAGAAAGUGGAUAACAAUUUGGUGACAAGAUAUGUACCUGAGGAGAUCACUACCAACUUGGAUGAUAUUGAUGGAAGAGGAGAGAGAGAUGCAUUUGACACUCUGUUUGACCAUGCACCAGACAAGUUGAAUGUAGUUAAAAAGACUCUUCUGACAUUUGUGAAUAAGUAUUUGAUGAGGCUGAAUUUGGAAGUGUCAGAUCUGGAUACUCAGUUUCAUGAUGGAGUGUUUUUGAUAAUGAUGAUGGCUUUACUGGAAGGCUACUUCACUCCACUCUACCUCUUCCAUAUGACACCAACAACAUUUGAGCACAGAGUUCACAAUGUGAAGUUUGCCUUUGAGCUCAUGGAAGAUGCCGGUCUUCAGAGACCAAAGGCCAGGCCAGAAGAUAUAGUGAACCAAGAUUUGAAGUCAACUCUGAGGGUUCUGUACAACAUCUUCACCAAGUACAAGUCAACUCAUGGCAAUCAGCCUAUUGCCGUCCAGUAGUACCUGCAGCUAGAGUAGUCAACUCUGUAGUGGCAUCAUUAGCCAACACUGCCCAGUAGUGGCAUCAUUAGCCAACACUGUCCAGUAGUGGCAUCAUUAGCCAACACUGCCCAGUAGUGGCAUCAUUAGCCAACACUGCCCAGUAGUGGCAUCAUUAGUCAACACUGCCCAGUAGUGGCAUCAUUAGUCAACACUGCCCAGUAGUGGCAUCAUUAGCCAACACUUCAGUGGUAUGGUUGGCACUGAUUAAAGAAAACUAGAGCUUAAAGAAUCAUGUAAACAACAGCAGCAGCCUGUGAUGAUAAUUAGUGACACCAUUUUAAUUACUCUAAUUUUCAGCUGUCAGAAUAUUUAAUAUCUGUUGUCCAAAUACAUGCGUUUUGUUUCAUCAGCUGUUUUUAUUCAGAGUGUUAAUUGAUGUAAAACAGUAGGCUGGUAUGUGUUUAGUACAUAAGCAAGUAAAACAGUAGGCUGGUAUUUGUGUUGAGUGCAUAAGCAAGUAAAACAGUAGGCUGGUAUGUGUUGAGCUAGUAAAACAGCAGUCUGGUAUGUGUUGAGUACAUAAGCUAAGCAUUGAUAAUGAUACCCUGGGCAGUUGGCUAUAUUUUCCUUCCACUACUGGCUAUCUAUCACCACUACUGGCUACUGAUAUCUAUCAUUAUAAUAAAUUAUUUACAUGUGGUGUGAUGCUGGUAUAGCGCAUGUGUGAAAGACUAUAAUAACUUCUGUAUUAAACAUCAGGUUUUUUUUUUAUCGUAAUCAAAUAUGCCUUCAUGUUUUAUAAUGUGUACACUGAAGGCAUGUUCAAGUAACUUAUUAAUAUACUCUGUUCAUGUAUGCUGUGUAUAGUUUUACCUUUGGUACUAUUAUGUAGUUAAACCUUUGGAUGGUAGUGUUAUAUCGGCUAAUUAAUAAUUAUUAUCGUUUAGUCUGCGCUGCUGAAUUGAUCUGUGUAGUCAAGUAUGCAAUUAAGUCCAGCAAAACAAAAAAAGACUAAGGUUAAGUAUGUCAACUAAUGAUUAAUUAAUUUUGUAAUUGUAAAUGACAAAAUACCUUCAUUAGCACUUUGUAAAUCUUAUUACCAAAAAAAAAACCCAAAGGCUUCUGUGAUCUGAUGUGUUCUAAAUCUGGUGCUAUAUGUGUUUGUUUACUUGUGAUAUUUAUUUUCCUGGUGUUGCUGUACUGGGCUCACAAGGUUCCCACUUGAAGGGGUACUUUACAAGUAAUAAUGUGAGAAGCCCUCAUUUUGCAAUCACCUUUUGCCUUAUUCAACACUUAUUUGUAUAAAAUAUACAUAUAAGCAAUCAGUACUUGUGACCUCUCUAGAAAUGAAGGCCAUUAACUGCAUCAGAAAGUUGAGAAAGUGUCUGCUUUAAAAAUAUACAAUAAAAUAAUUUUAAAUUAACCAUUUUUUGUGGAGUCGUACAAAAUUAUAGACCCAGUCUAAGUCAUUUUUCACUGCAGUAAUCUUUUUAUUUUUCAUGUUAUCAUUAAAAAAUUAAGGCUCAUUUAUGAUUUUUUCAAUAUGUAUACAUAAUAAUACACAAGCACUGUAUUUGUGUACUAAAGUUUAAAAUAGACCUGGAUAAUAUUUCUCUUAGUAUUUUAUUGAUCAGUUGUAUUUGUGUGUGUAAAACAAUAUUGAUUAAAGUUCUAUUAGAUCAGAAAUGUUAGCCACUACAAGUUUGUUACCCUUGGGGGAGUCAGCUCUUUCUUUGAAGACAACAUUAAUCAUAGAAAAAUUGGCUUGGAUAACUUCAUAUUAUUGCUUGUUGUGAAACAUGUAAUUAUUUUUUUAGUUUCAAGAUGAACUAUAAGAUAUUAGCCAAUAAAAUUUUAUUCUUGUAAUUGUUUUCUUGAUGUAAAAGUCUUAAGAUGAACUCUAAGUAAGAUAUUGGCAAAUAAAAUUUUAUUGUUUUCUUUAUGUAACAGUUUAUAGCUGAACUAGAUAUAUUAGCAAAUAAAAUUGUGCAUGCUGUUUUAUAAAGUAAAAUUUUAUUUUUCCUGUAUGAAGAAUUGAAUGAUGAAUGGGUAGGUUACAAAAGUAUCAGUGAGAUGACUUAAUGUUUCAUAUAGGGUUCUAAUGCAUUUACAUUGUAUUCUUCUAUUGCUUGCUUUCAUUGUUUUUGUGAAAUGUAAUCAUUAUAUUUUUUAAUAUCAGAUAUUAAAUUAGUUGUAUUUGUAUGAUUUCA